AUGGUCGCCAACAAGAAGCGACUGUACGUCGCUCUCUAUCCUAGCGGCAUUCCCAAUAACGAAGAGCGAAAGUAUCAUUGGGGUUUCCUAGUCGGGCCUAAGAUGGAGGGUGGCGGCGACGUGCCAGGCAAGCGAUAUCAUGUCAAAAACAACCCAGUCAAAGGCUGGGAGUAUCAGGAGGUCAAUCUGCCAGAUAUUCGGACCACAACCACCUUACUCGCACGCAUUUUGAUUGCGAAGAUUGAGGAUGAAGAGCGUCUCGUCGCUAUCAUUCGAAGUAUACCUGUCGUACAGAACGAUCCAGAUUGGAGAUGUCGUACGUGGCUCGCACAUGCCUUAGCAGCGAUGACGAAAGACGGCAAAGCUGUAGGGACGUCAGAGCUAGAUUGGCAUAAGAUUGAAGCACUGCCAGACGAUAUGUUGCAGAUAAAACGUCCGCUGGUCGUUACGAAAGCGCGGCAAAUCUUGCGGGACCCAGACCAACUUGGGACAUGCUUGCGAAUAAGCAAAUCGUGCCUUGAUUGCAGCUAUGAAGAUAUCAGUGCAGUAAGGCGUCUCGUCGCUUGGACCAGUUGGGCCUGGUUGUAG